CUGCCUUCAGUUUCGAAAUCUCCCCGUUUCGUCUUAGUGCUUGGGUACCUUGUCAAACACUUUUGCUCAGCAGCCCGAAAGUUGGUGUUCGUACAGGCCAUUUGGAGACAUGGUGAUCGUGCUCCGCAAUCCUUACCUUAUCCCAAUGAUCCGUAUAAAGAAAGAGCAUGGAGACGAGGAUGGUCACAGUUAACGAAUGUGAGUCUUUUUAAACUGUAUUGUGACUAUAUUUCCUUACAGGUGUAUAUUCGUUCAUCAGAUUCGGAUCGAGCGCUUACUUCAGCGCAAGCUUUCUUAUCCGGAUUUUAUCCAGCCAAAGGUUGUUUUAAAUGGGAACGUGGAAAUCAUUGGCAACCAAUACCGAUUCACUCAGCAACUCCUGAUGAACCGGAUUUGUUGCUCAAGCCCACAUCUGCUGACUGUAAAAACUUGGACAAAUUGGUGGACGAAGAAGAGGCAAAGCAGGCGAAACAUUAUGAAGAAGUAUAUAAGGAUAUGUUCAAGUUUCUCGGAGAACGCACUGGUAUCGCGAACUUUUCGUAUGAAAACGUUAACGAUAUAUACGACGUAAAAAGAGAGCAGCCGCGAUGGGUGUUCAGACGCUGGUCGAAGUACAACAAUCGAAGCACGAUGGAGAUAAUGAGUGAACUGCGCCGAAUUCGGAGAAUCACCAAGUUUAACUCGGCUACAAAAGCUAAACAUGACGGCACGCUGCUUUCGUUAAUGUAUGCCAUGGGGGUUGCCAAUGAUCAGAUGAUACCGUAUGCUUCGUCGUUUAUCAUGGAAAUCUACAACGUAAUAUAUUCUUAA